ACUUGUCUCUGCCGCUAGGGAAGGUAAAGCGGUGACGGCUGCCGCGGGAGUGGAGGCUUCCCUAGUUCCCCAAGAGAGGUGGGAGACUCGGCACGGGACACGUUUAAUACGUCAUCAUUGAAUAAAUGUAUGAAAGUUCCUUGCCAAGCAUUCUUCGUUGGGACCUUCUUUUUUCUGCUUACUGAAUAAUUUUUUCAGAAGUUCCUUUUUUUUUCGGUGCCAUGUUCUGUGGCCUACAUCAAAAGAGGAGUUUGUCUUCAUGAAGAUUCCUAACAUUGGUAAUGUGAUGAAUAAAUUUGAGAUCCUUGGGGUUGUAGGUGAAGGAGCCUAUGGAGUUGUGCUUAAAUGCAGACACAAGGAAACACAUGAAAUUGUGGCAAUCAAGAAAUUUAAGGACAGUGAAGAAAAUGAAGAAGUCAAGGAAACGACUUUACGAGAGCUUAAAAUGCUUCGCACUCUCAAGCAGGAAAACAUCGUGGAGCUGAAGGAAGCCUUUCGCCGGAGAGGGAAGCUGUACCUGGUGUUUGAAUAUGUUGAGAAAAAUAUGCUUGAAUUGCUGGAAGAAAUGCCAAAUGGAGUUCCACCUGAAAAAGUGAAAAGCUACAUCUACCAACUAAUUAAAGCUAUUCACUGGUGCCACAAGAAUGACAUUGUCCAUAGAGAUAUAAAGCCAGAAAAUCUCUUAAUCAGCCACAAUGAUGUCCUGAAACUAUGUGACUUUGGUUUUGCUCGGAAUCUCUCAGAGGGCAAUAAUGCGAAUUACACCGAGUAUGUGGCUACAAGGUGGUACCGGUCGCCAGAGCUAUUACUCGGAGCUCCCUAUGGCAAGUCCGUAGACAUGUGGUCAGUGGGCUGUAUUCUUGGGGAGCUUAGUGAUGGACAGCCCUUAUUUCCUGGAGAAAGUGAAAUUGACCAACUCUUUACUAUUCAGAAGGUGCUAGGACCACUUCCAUCUGAGCAGAUGAAGCUCUUCUACAGUAAUCCUCGUUUCCAUGGGCUCCGGUUUCCGGCUGUUAACCAUCCUCAGUCAUUAGAGAGAAGGUACCUUGGAAUCUUAAAUAGUGUUUUACUUGACCUCAUGAAGAAUUUACUGAAGUUGGACCCAGCUGACAGAUAUUUGACAGAGCAGUGUUUGAAUCACCCUACAUUUCAAACCCAGAGACUUUUGGAUCGGUCUCCUUCAAGGUCAACGAAAAGGAAACCUUACCAUGUGGAAAGCAGCACACUGUCUAAUAGAAACCAAUCCAGCAAGGGUGCCGCUUUACAGACUCACCACAGAUCCAACAGCAAGGACAUUCAGAACCUGGGUGUGGGUCUGCCGCGGGCUGAUGAAGGCCUUCCCGCAAAUGAAAGCUUCCUGAAUGGAAACCUUGCUGGAGCUACUCUUAGCCCAAUGCAUACCAAGACCUACCAAGCAAGCACCCAGCCGGGGUCUUCCAGCAAAGAUCUCACAAACAACAACAUACCACACCUUCUCAGCCCAAAAGAAGCCAAGUCCAAAACAGAGUUUGACUUCAGUAUCGACUCAAAGCCUUCAGAAGGUCCGGGCACUAAGUACCUCAAGUCCACCAGCAGAUCUCAACAGAACAGGCACUCGUUCAUGGAAAGCUCCCAGAGCAAAGCCGGGACGCUGCAGCCUAGUGAGAAGCAGAGUCGGCACAGCUAUAUCGACACCAUUCCCCAGUCCUCCAGGAGUCCAUCUUACAGAACGAAGGCCAAAAGCCAUGGAGCGUUGAGUGACUCCAAGUCUGUGAGCAACCUUUCAGAAGCCAGAGCCCAAAUCACUGAGACUAAUACCAGUAGAUACUUCCCAUCCAGUUGCUUGGAUUUGAACUCUCCCACCAGCCCAACCCCCACCAGGCACAGUGACACGAGAACUUUGCUCAGCCCUUCCGCGAGAAAUAACCGAAACGAGGGCACUCUGGACUCACGCCGAACUACUACCAGACACUCAAAAACCAUGGAGGAGUUGAAGCUGCCUGAACACAUGGACAGCAGUCAUUCGCACUCACUGUCCGCGCCUCAUGAAUCAUUUUCUUACGGGCUAGGCUACACCAGCCCCUUCUCCUCUCAGCAGCGCCCGCACAGACACUCCAUGUACGUGACCCGGGACAAGGUACGAGCUAAAGGCCUUGAAGGAAGCCUGAGCAUAGGGCAAGGCAUGGCGGCGAGAGCAAACAGCUUGCAGCUCUUAUCACCCCAGCCUGGAGAACAGCUCCCUCCAGAGAUGACUGUGACGAGACCUUCUGUUAAAGAGUCCUCCAGAGACGGCACCACUUCAUUCCACGCCCGUCAGAAGUCUGAGGGUGGAGUGUACCAUGACCCCCACUCUGAUGAUGGCGCGGCUCCCAAAGAAAAUCGGCAUCUGUACAAUGAUCCUGUCCCAAGGAGAGUUGGUAGCUUCUAUAGAGUGCCCUCUCCACGACCAGACAAUUCUUUCCAUGAAAACAAUGUGUCCACCCGGGUUUCUUCUUUGCCAUCUGACAGCAGUUCUGGUACCAAUCAUUCAAAAAGACAACCAGGAUUUGAUCCAUGGAAAAGCCCUGAAAAUAUUAGUCAUUCUGACCAGCUCAAAGAAAAGGAGAAGCAAGGUUUUUUCAGGUCAAUGAAAAAGAAAAAGAAGAAAUCUCAAACAACAGACUCCACCAACGGGGAGAAUCCAAGCAUCAAGAAAUCCCUCUUUCCUCUUUUUAAUUCAAAGAAUCAUUUAAAGCAUAGUUCUUCUUUGAAAAAGCUUCCUGUAGUCACUCCACCCAUGGUACCCAACACUGAUGGUCCCGAUCUUCUGACUCUCCAGAAAGCCAUUCAUUCUUCUAGCACUGCAAGCAGCAGACCAAAGGAGUGGCGCCCUGAGAAGCUGGCAGAUCUGCAGACCCAGAGCCAACCACUCAAAUCCCUUCGCAAGCUGUUGCAUCUCUCGUCAUCGACCAAUCACCCGGCUUCUUCAGAUCCUCGUUUCCAGCCCUUAACAGCUCAACAAACCAAAAAUUCCUUCUCAGAAAUUCGGAUUCACCCCCUGAGCCAGGCCUCUGGUGGGAGCAGCAACAUCCGGCAGGAGCCUACACCAAAGGGCAGGCCAGCCCUUCAGCUGCCAGGUCAGAUGGAUCCUGGAUGGCACGUGUCCUCUGUGACCAGGAGUGCCACAGAGGGACCUUCCUAUUCUGAACAACUGGGUGCCAAGGGUGGGCCAAACGGGCACCCUUAUAACAGAACAAAUCGCUCACGAAUGCCAAAUCUGAAUGAUUUAAAAGAGACAGCCUUGUAAUUUAUGCUGGGAUGGGGGGUGGGGGGGAGACAUGCCAGUUGGGAGGGGAGGGUGCAGGGUGGGCCAGGGUAGUAAGCCAGUAUUUUCAGCUUUAUGAAGGUGUGUGCAAUAUUGUGUGUGAUGGGGGGGGGCAUCUGGCUCCUCUCAGCCACAAAUGCUAGUCAGGGAUCUUAGAGCCACGGGAGUUCCUUAGGGAUCACCACUCCCCACAGGUCUUGUGUGAGAAUGGAUAGAGUGUGCCAUUGAGGAAGAAGAAAUUCUUGCCAGUUUCUCCCCGUUACAUUCCAGCUUUAGUGCAAUCUCUGUUGAACUUGGGGAAGCCAGGGUAUGUCCUGGCUGUUUGAGGGAUAGAAAAUUCAUGUUGACCAAUGCCCUUACCACAUAUUUUUUUCUGACUAGACUAAAUGUGGAGUUUAUUGUAAUCUAGGAGUAUCCCUUUAAAGGGUUAGCAGAUGAACUGUAUGUCUUAAAUUGUUUUCUAAGCUUCCAUAUUUGAUAGGAUUUGUAACAUUUAUUUAUAAUUAAUAUUGUACUGUUGUAAUCAUACCUUUUAUGUUAUAAUGUAAAGUUAUUUUGAGCUGUUUGGAACAUUGUGAAGCACUGGGACAGCUACAGUAGUUUCUAUAAAAACUAAACAGUAACAUUUAUAUAUUGCAUCAGGAGUAUUUUAUUCUAUAUAUAAAUAUAUAUGGUAAAUAACUGUCUGUUUUAUAAAUAUAUUCAUUUAAAGAAAGUAUCAUUAUGACACUAUCUGCCAUAUUUUUAUACAUUUGUGAUAUGAAGUGAGCGUUAUACUUAUAAUAAAGGGAGUUGAAUUGUGGCUACAUGUGACUGUAACAGAAUGAGCUUUGCUCAACUUUUUGGCCCCAGCAGUAGCCUCUAGACAUGAUCCUUGGUAGCAGACGAAUGCAGCAUCUCUCUGUAGACCCACAGGAGAAGAACGUUGGAUAAGCCAGCAAGGAUCCCAGCAAGCUUCACUUCUGUGCUUAGACUCGUGGCUCUCAUUUGUGUCCAGGGACAUUAACUUGCACACGAGAGGAUAGGCAGAAGUGGUGCUCGUGGGUCUUUGCAGAGAACGCGCUCUUCCACUUAGCGUUAGUGUUAGAGUCUAGACCAAAGAUUUGCCAGUGAACAUUCCUUGUUGUGAGGUUGUAAGAGGCAGCUGUCUGCGGAUCGGAUCUUGCAAACCAGCUCUAUGCUCCUGAAUGCUGUCCGCCCUCCUGGAGAUUGUUGCCUCCAGGUGGGAUAUGAGCUACGUGUAUGGCAUUUCUUCUUCUAAAUGCUUUGUUGUUGUUGUUGUUAUUAUUGUUGUUGCUCUUCUAAUAUAUUUAAAAGGCUCCUGAAGCAAUUCCAGAUGUAGAGAAAAUUACUACAUUUUUUUUUCCUUCCUGGGACUGUUUAUAACAAGGUCAUCAUGUAACCUGUAUAUACAUACACCCCAUCCAUCAGAACAGGACUUGUCUUUCCCUCCCGAGUUAGUACAAAGUAUCAUCAAGGCCUGGGGCCAGCGUUAUACCCACCUGUCUCUGGACCAUCUUUGACAGAAAUCAACACCUCAACACCAUCAUCUACCGAUAGUCAUAGAGUUUUGAAAGUAGUCUCUUAGCAAUAAGACUUUUAGAGAUCACUCCCUUCCCUCAAAGAGGUAACUUUUCAGUAUUUACUACUUGUUCCAGAAUUCUGAGAGUGUCAGUCCCCAAAUAAAGUCAGCUGUCACUGAAAUAUGCUGAGUUACUGUUAACCCUUCCCUGAGAUUCUGAGAAUCAUAGCACUAAUGAUUAUGACAAUUCUAAAGGUCUUAGAUUCUUUGAAGCUUAAAUUGUGUGCAUAUUUCAUAUUUAUAUAAAUACUAUAAUGUGUAUUGAUUAUAUAAAGAGGUCAUUUUAAGGUGCUUCUACUUAAUUUUGAUAAGUAUAAUAGGCACUGAAAUGAAACUCAACUGGGUACUAUCAUAGAAACAAUUUGAUUCAAUUUGCAUGCUCUUUAGUUCUUUUCCUAUCUCGUUUCUGUUGCCAGUUCAGUACUGUCUGGGUAGCUCUGUGGCUUUUCCCAGGCAACUCUUUGGUUAUCCAAGUGAGGCAGACCCUCAGCAGUUUUUGCCUGGAUAUAGUAACACUAAAGAGGUGUAUAUUUAACUCUUCUUUUUCAUACUAAAUCCCUAGUACCUUGUACACCCCCCCUUCCUCCUGCAAAACAGAAACUACAUUUUGUUUCCUCUGGAAAGACUUCUCACUGUGCUGUGUGCUUAGGAACGGUGAGGUCCCAUUGCCAUGCUGUGGCAUUAGUGGCUCGUCAUCACCAAGGGGCUGGUUUCCCAUGUUGUCAUCUUUACUAACACUGGGAUCUCAGAUGUUUGUAGAACAUUUAUAUUCAUGAUGGUUCUUCAAAGAAGGGCUAGAAUAAUUGCCUUCUACCUAGAGCAAACUAAUCCUAACUGAUGAAGUCAAUACUUAAUUUUCCUACAUUCCCAGAUUUGAGCCAGAAAAUAGCUACGUUUUCAGCUAGUGUUUCUGAGCUAACUCUUUUAUCCUCUUCUUAGCUCUUGUCUGUUCUGACUUUUCCUUGACCCUCAAGAAGCUGUAAGGGAAUCUACAAUCCCAUUCACUCCCUUCCUGCUCCCAGAUGGGGGCGCUAACAUUUCCUCUCGGAUCUAAUAGGCCCUCUCUUAGCUUUUAACUGUCACUUCCCCCUCUAUUAGGUCAUUCAUUGACCUCAAAAAGAUACCAUUUGUGGCAGGAAGGAGUUGACUGAAAGUCACAACCCCCCCCCCAUUUUCUUUAGAAGGGGGAAUUGAUGGCAUCCAUGUUCUCUUCUCUGCCCUGACAUCCUAAAGAACACAAAGGUUGAACUGGAGGCUUAUGGAGUACUUUGUGUUGGGAAAUUACUGCUGAUCUCCUUUUGAAAAGAACCUUGGCUCCACUGGUUUUCUCUUCUCCCUUCUCUAUCACCCUCUUUUUCUUCUCUGAAGCUCUAAGUAAACUUUAACUGAUCUUUGUUUGGUCUUGACCGAAGUUUAGGACUCUCCAGAGCCCCAGACCAGAAGGGAGUGCCCCAUGCCAAGAGGCUCAAGUGAGCUGCCUCUCCAGCAGCCCUUCUCAGCCAAGGGCACUUUUGUCCCCCAGGGCACAAUUGACAAUGUCUGGAGGCAUUUGGUUGUCUUGGGCUGCUACCAACAUCUAGUGAGUAGAGGCCUAGGACAUUGCUAGACAUCCUCGAGGGUGUUCCAGCCCAUAACUAGUGCCAACGUUUAAAAGUCCUGCCUGAGACCACUCCAGGCCAACCACUCUGCAGAACUUGCCUCUGGCCCUGGGUUUUCCAGGCUACUUAACUGCAGGAGUGAACUCUUCAGCACUGUAUUCUCUUUAAGAAUCCUCUACCACUGUUCUCAAAUCCUUGCAAUCCUAUUGUUUGUUUCCAUUGUCUUGGACCUGCUAAAAGGUGCAUACUUUGGGAGGAAACCAGAGUUACUUUAUAUACGUUUGAGAACUUAAAUUCUAGGUUAGCAGCCUUAGGAAAUCUUUCUUAGCCAGGAGGCUUAUAUUUAGAAGCAAGCAACAGCCUGGCAGAUUGGCAUGAUUUUUACCAACUGCUCAAAGGCAUCAUGGCUUUCAGCUGUGUCUGCCGAAAGAAAAUGUCUUUGUUAUUUAUUCAAGUCAUUUAAUAGAUCUUUACAAAUAUUAGCAUAUGGCAGACUGAUUAGAAGCAAAACUCUUUAUUGGUGGUUGUGAUGUGGCUAUUCUAGAAGUAUUGUGCUGUAUGCUUUGGUUAAAUCUGUUUUUUAAACAUGCUUUUAAGACUCACCAUAUGCAGUUGUAUAAUUUAAUUCUAAGCAGACCUAUGCUGGUCAGUCUCUAGUCAUGCUGUGUAUUAUAAAAGUAUGUUGUGGUUGUAGACUUAGCCAGUUUAGCAUGUUCCUAAUCAGAAAAUUAGUGGACUCCACUAGGAAAUGCUAUCCCAUUUUCCCUUCCCAGUACCUCUUAGUUGAUAUCAUAGUAUCCUCACUUAAACUAGUCUUUAGAGUAAAUAAGGAAAAAAGCCAUUUAUUUUCUUCUAGCCAUGUAUUGAGAAUAACUCAUAUGUGUAUAAUUUUUUCAAAGGCCAGAGGAUUACUUUUCCAGUGUGUGGAAGGCUUUGUCCAUUCUGUUCACCUAGGUCUUGGUGGUGACAGAACUUUUGGCAAGGACAACAAAUAACUCAUUAGAAGUCACUGCUGGGACUCAGCAAAACUGCGUCUCUUUUAUGCUCAGAAACCUAUGUUCUGAGCGCCAUUGCUUUUGCAUCUAGAAGUUCAUUACCUACCGCAUUAGAGUGGGCUACUGAACUCCCCUAUAUGGGUAAGAAGAUCCAUAGAUGCCUGUUUCUGUGAACUGGGGCAGUGAUAUGGUUAACUAAUCCAAGUCAGAAAGCAGUAGGGUAUUUCCUUGCCUUCUUCAGUUCAUCACUAAUAAAAGUUCAUUGCAGUUCAUUUAUGGUUUGAGAAAUAACAGUUCUGAUUUCUUUAAAAGGGACUGCAGAAAAGACAGUACAAAUGUCACUAAUCCCUGGGACCAGAGUCUUAGGAGAAGGUCCCUACCAAAUUAUAAAAGGGCAGAUUACCAGAAAAUAAAAAUCAAGCAAACGAAAAAUCCAAACUUGUAAGUGGUUGUGGUUUCCCCUUUUGCUUCUUGAACAGCUGAAAUCUAGACUAUCUUGAGGUCUGGUUCAACUGAUUAAAAAAAAUCUUGGAAACCAUGAAUGAGGAGCCAUGCAAGAAAAUGAAGCCCCUUAUCUGUUUGUAUACACCUGAAGGGAAAAGCCAGGUGGCUAGGAAACUCUGGGCCUAUUGCCCAUGCAAUUUUUUUAAUUGAAUGUACUAUACAAGAUGGUAGACUUUGUGCAAACCAGUUGCUUACAUAAAUCAUCGUUGCCCACAGUGCUUCGUUAAUUCAUCAGCAUUUGGUCUGGUCCCUACUCCACCUUUCUCCUCUCUGGGCAAUGACCCACCUUUCUUUCUAUUUACUGUAGGCUGUUAAAUAUGAUCUUGACCUGCCUUGUAUUUUCAUUCAACUGUUCACUCCCACAUUUAAGGAAGAGUUGUCUCUUGUUUUGCCAGAAAAAAAUAAAAUUGUCCUAGUCUGUAAGCUGGAUUUGUGGGGCCAGCAGCACCGGCAGAGUGGAACCGCUUUCGCGUCGAAGGCCCUUCGUUUCUCACAACCCCUUCGAUCCUCGGUCCAAUUGAUCCUCCUUGGGAAUCUGAAAUCAGUCUCCGUGUUGUAUGCAGAUUAGAAGUUGCCUUGUUUGCUGCUCUUCCCAGGCAGAGUAUCAGGGAGAAAGAGGCCUUAUCUGUCCCUCCUCCGUGUCCCCUCCUGUUUAGCAGACCCGCUGAGAAUCCCUCAGGAUUUCCUUUCCCAGAAGGCUGCUGUGAGUCAUUUCAGGCAUAGACAAGCUGGUCCUAGUGCUGUGCUUAAGGUCUCAUCCGAAGAAACCCAGGAAUCGAAAUGCUAGAUGCCUUGACUUUUGUCCCUGUUUGGGGAUUAAAGUGUUUCUUGCCAGAAUCAUCAAAAGCUCUGGUUUAAAUUCAGUGGAGUUUCAUGAGAAAGACGAUGCUUUUCCUUCUGGAGAAUGUGUAUUCUCCAUACUGGCUUCGAGUUUCCAAAAGUGGAAAGUAAAGCUCGCAGAAAAUCCAUGUUCCCUAGGGGUGAUCAGUGGGUUCUAGUCACCGGUCUCUCUCCCUCUCCUUGUUUACUCUGGUCAGUGAUGGGGUGGCCUCGGGGAGGAGCGGCCAUGUGGCCAUAGGAAGAAGUCAAUUCUUACUGUAAACUUGCAUUGAUGAACAGAGACAAUUAAGCCAAACAAAAUAGUUAACCCAGAGUUCAAUCUCUAAGAAUUGCUUUGUGCCAUUCUGAAUUCAGGUAGUUAUUCUGUAUAUACUUAGACAAUUAUCAGAACUUCUUCAAUCUUUACUAAGUUUGAAGGGGGUAAUCUGGGAAGGCACAGGACAGGGUGACAUUGAAACCCCUGUUCAUUCUUAAAAACAAAAAUAGGGAUAAGCCAGAGGGAUAUGCCAUCCGAUGUGUGGUAGAUAAUCAGUGGACAUUCUUAAUUGCACAGACUUUAUAAACCAUUAUAUAAAGUGUAUUCCAUACUUUUUACUGUGGCAAGGGUGUGAUGUGGUUGUUAAUCUUUUUAAUUUUUGAAUCCAAACUGAAUUUAAAGUGUUGAAUACUUAAAAUUCCUCACAAGCUAAUUAUGAACCAUUUGUAAAGUGUUUCUAUAACUCUUUAUAUCAUGUGUUGGUACAUCUUAUCAAGUUUUUUCUGGCAUGUAUUCCAUUCUAAACUUCUGUAAAAUUUCUAUUGUUGUUGUAUAUAUUCUACAAAUAUCUACUCCGUGGUAACCUUCAUUAACAGCAUGAAAUGGUUAAUUUUUACUGAGCACAAUGUAUUUUUGAAUGGAUCUUCCCACAUGUCUUUAAUAAAAUGCAGAUUUUGCACUGACUCAUGUGACUGCCAGGCUUUCCCAAUCUUGAGCACUGUGGUCCUUCUUGCCUUUGAACAGUCAAGCAGCUCCAUUUUAAUUCUUUCUUUGUAAGCAAGAAUGUGUUCGAAUUCAAAUGAGGCCAAUGGGCCUUGGAAGUUGUAAUCAGUUUAAAGGAGAGAAAUUAAUGUAAAGCAAAGCAAAGCAAAACCUGUUACUUAAUGGGUUUUUUCCUAUUUAUAAAGUUCUUUUCCCC